GAUCAGUGUUUACCAUCGCGCGCAUCUCGCGGCUCUACACUGACUGACUCCAUUUUGUGUGAAAGGGAUUGUUCGCACACGCACUCAUUCAAAGGAGAAACAUUAAACAAAGGAAGAUGAGUGGUUGUCGUAUUUUCAUCGGUCGACUAAACCCCUCUGCUCGGGAGAAGGACGUCGAGCGGUUCUUCAAGGGUUAUGGAAGAAUCAGAGACAUUGACCUGAAAAGAGGCUUCGGAUUUGUGGAAUUUGAUGAUCCAAGAGAUGCAGAGGAUGCUGUUUAUGAGCUUGAUGGGAAAGAGCUCUGCAACGAGAGAGUGACUAUUGAACAUGCCCGUGUCCGCCUGCGUGGGGGCCGAGGUGGUCGUGGUGGCGGUGGUGGUGGAGGUAGUGGUGGUGGUGGUGGAGGACGUUUCCCUGGUCGGUAUAGCCGUGGCUCCCAGGACAGCCGGAGAAACCCUCCACCGAUGCGCACGGAGAAUCGUCUCAUUGUGGAGAAUUUGUCGUCAAGAGUCAGCUGGCAGGAUUUAAAGGAUUUCAUGAGACAAGCUGGAGAGGUUACAUUUGCAGAUGCCCAUCGGCCAAAGCUUAAUGAAGGUGUGGUUGAGUUUGCCAGCCAUAAUGAUCUAAAAAAUGCCAUGGAGAAGUUGUCUGGGAAAGAGAUCAAUGGAAGGAAAAUCAAACUUGUUGAGGCGUCCAGGAAAAAAUCCAGAACUCGGUCUCGCUCAAAUAGCUCAUCUCGAUCUCGUUCUCGUUCACGAGGGCGUUCCGCAUCACGUUCUCGUAGCCGCUCCCGAUCCCACAGCCCCAAAUCACAUAACCACUCAAGAAGUCGGUCCCGUUCAGCCAGUCCCUCUCCUGUGCGGCCCAAGGAAGCAGCACGUGCUGAAUCCGCAUCCCCGCCGACCCCAGCGCCGCGCCCCCCGGCAUCUCGUUCCCCGGCGUCUCGUUCCCCGUCCGUUGACAGCCGUCAUUAAAAGCUGCUGCUGCACUGGGUGCUGAGGGAAGCGGCUGAUGAAGUUUAUCGCAGCAAUAUUGUCCCACCUUUGGUCAAUUUAGGCCCUCUACAUGCCAGUUUUCACAGCUCUGUUAAAAGGUAUUUGACAGUAGAGUCCAUUUAAAUCAGGACUAUGCUGCUAUUUUUUUUUUAAAGGGGGUUAAGUUUGUCUCAAAUGGGUUUUUUGUGAUUGUUUUUUAUCGUUACAUACAGAGUGAGGUUUGAUUUCUGUUGAUAUUCUUUAAUUGUAUGCAUAUUUAUGGACAAACCAGUAAAUAUGAUUGUUUUCAGUAAGUUUAACCCUUUGUUGUGUUCUGAAGAUUUGUAAUUAGGGUUUUAUGAAUAAUGCAAAUUGUUUGUAAUGUAGAUGCUUGAAUUAUAAUGAAAGAAGUUAAAAAACUAUCCGAGUUCCCUUCACACUGCAUGAAUAAAGAGAUCUUGUUACACAUUUGUGAAUCCCUGUUUUAUAUACCAGCCUUUUCAUAUGUACACAUUUGAUUUCUCAUUGUGUAUACACAUGUUAAUGUUGCAUUUCUUUGAACGAUUCAAUUUAGCUUUUUUUGCCAUGCAUUUUCUCAUUUUCUUUUUUUUAAAGAGGAUUAGAUUUUAAUAUGCCAUAUUUUUGAUGUGUUGUAAAUAGUAUCAUGCUGAUAAGUAUUUUUUUUUAUUCAGAUCAUUGUUGAAUCAAUAUCCAGCUUUGUCUGGAUAUGUUUUGAUGCAUGUUUUUCAUUUAUUUGGAAUAUGAGUCACCUUUCUGUACCAUGAUAUAAAUAUAAAUUAAAUGUGUUUGAACGUUUAUAAAGUUUGCAUAGCACUAAAAAAAAUUUAAUAAAUUCCCCAAAAAGCUGUUAA